ACCUUUUGGUUUCUUUGAGGUUUUAUUUUCAAAAUUGACUGAAACAACAUCACCUUCUCUUUCCAGUGUAAUUAUUUUCAUUGUUAUAAAAUGUUAUGCAUCAAUUAAUAUUUUUAUUAUUUAUAUUGUGAAUUGUCAAUAUCGGAACUUGUAUUUCAAAAAUUUGAAUUUAUACAUUUCAUGGAAAUUAAUGUUUGUUAGUCAAUAAUACUAAAGUGAACAUCACAGGUCCAAGGUAUACAUAUUCAUAGUGUUAUUAUGAAGUUCAUUGUGAAAGACAAAGCACUUUGUAUCCCCUUUUUGUGUCUUUGAGCUGAAGUGGUCAAACAAACAUAUCCGCCCGUUUCUUUCCUCUAUAAUUAACGGAUAAACUGGCGAUAAAAAAACCGACUCCGGACUAAAGUAACUUCUCACGGAGAGUCUUAAAACUGGUUGUACUUGGUUAGUGUAAGCCAGAUGCUCAGUAUCUCUGCUCCCAACUCUUUUAUUGUUUGGUCCUUUUGACCUCUUUUUUGUUGAUCAACAUCAUCAACAUUAUUCAACAUCACCAUUUCCAUUUAUAACGACAAUGAAAACAACAUUUUUAAUCAUAGUCGCCAUUAUCAUUUGUGAAACCCAAUGUGUUCAACCAAAGUAACCACUUUUCUCAAAUCUCCAUUGGUUACCUGGAUCAAAACAUUUCAAAAGGAAGGUUAUGAUGACCAGGUUGAUUGUUUUAAACUUUUUGAUGGUAUCUUUCUUAAUUCAGUGUGGCAACAAAUAGAGACCAAUGGAUCAUUCCAUAGCCACUCAACGAUCGACGAAACGGGUGACUCUAUUACAUCACGAAUCCGUAACUUAAGUUCACUUCUAUAUAAAAUUCAAAGUUUUUAUUACGAUUCAUUGGGACAGAUUCUUGUGCUUAAACUGCCUGAUGUGGUCAACAUUGGCCGAGAUCCAGAAGAUGAAUGUAAUCUUGAAGAUCUUGGAGCAUUUUUGCUUCUCCUUCUUGGCUCAGCUGUCCAAUGUGAGUCAAAAGAAAAGUUCAUCGAGGCUAUUACAGCUUUUGACUUUACUGUUCAAGAGUCAAUUGUUGCAUGUAUUCGAGAGAUUGUGGAUAACCCAUCAUCUGUUUGGAGUAUUAAUGACUGGGGUGAACUUACCUCAAUCCCUGAGGUUGACCAAUCUCGAAUGUAUUCAACUUUAGUUGCAAAUGUUAAUAGACUUGCCAAAGAGCGGGAUGAUUUAUCUCAAAGAGUUGUUGAAUUGGUUCUAGAAAUAGAAAAUCUUAAAUCAAAAGGACCCGUUGCCUCUUUAUCUCAUUCCCACCAUCAUCGUAACCGUCACCAUUCCUCUCAUCAUUCACACCACCAUACACCUUCAUCUUUACCUCCAUCACCGAGCAGUACCACUGGAAGUGCUACUUUACUUGCCUCCUCUCCUCCUCCUGUUGGCACUGAUGGACUAAUCUCAACCAAUAAUGCAUCUUUGUACAAUUCAUAUUCAUCAUCAUCAGUAUCUAGCCUUUUAACCAUCAACAAUAAUGAAUCUCGGUCUCAUCUGGUUGUUGAAUUAGCUGAAGCAAAAUCAAAAUAUCGUAAAGUUGUUGCUGAAUUGGAAGAAAAAUCUGAGCUGGUUAACGAAUUGAAAGAAAAUUUAGAGCAAAGCAAAGAAACAUGCAAUAAACUUCGUUCAGAAAAUCUUGAAUUGAUUCAGGAGGCUCGGUCAGCGAAGGCGUAUCGAGAUGAAAUUGAUGUUCUUAACGAACGUGUACGGAAAGUUGAUCGCCUUGAAAAUGAAGUUCAAAGGUAUAAAGAUAAAAUAAAUGAAUUAAUUUUCUACAAAUCACGAGUUGAAGAAAUGAGGGAGGACAAUCGUAUACUUACCGAAACGAAAACAAUGUUGGAAGAACAAUUGGAAUGUAGUCGAAAGAGGUCAGAACAGAUUCCUGAAUUGGAAGCUCAACUACUUCAACUUCGAGCCUACUCUAAUGAAUUGCAGUUUCAAAGAGAUAUGGAUCGAGAUAAAAUUGAAUCCUUAAUGGAAGAAGUUGCCUCACUUCAGGUUGAAAAGAAAUCUGUUUUUGAAGAACUGGCCCAAGUUCAGAAAGAAAUGAAUAGCCUGAGAUGUCAAUAUACUGCCAUAGAGCCUGUUGUCUCACCAAUUGGCCUUGAAUCUAACCUAUUUGAACAGCUCAACAAUGAUGCUGCUAAACGAGUCCUUAAACUUGAAUUAGAGAAUCAAAAGUUACACUCGCUGGUUGAAAAUAUACGUAACAAAGAUACAUCAGUGACAUUAAUGAAUAGUGGUAAUUCAAAGCUACAUAAUCAAUAUCAAACUUCAAGUUUAGAUAGUUUUUCAUCAUCAUCUGCUUCUGAAAAAGGAGAUACAACCUUACCUAGCCAAUUAUUAGAUGACGGUCUGAAUUAUUCUUCACCAGUUUCCGGUAAUGAUUCAGGUUGUGUUUCUCUUGUUGGGGAACUCAAUUCAAGACUUGAAAGAAUGGAGAAAGAAAACUUACGCCUUAAAGGAACUAUUGAACAAUUGCGUGAAUGUGAAGCUCGCAUAAUGGAAUUGGAAUCCACUAAAACUGGUCAGGAAAAAGAGUUGUCAACAGUGCGAGAUAAUUUACAAAAAGAAAUCUACAAAACAGAAACUUUAGAACGUUCAUUGUCUAAUUUAACCACAGAUAAUUCAAGGUUAACUAGACAAGUUGAACAUUUAUCUAAACGGUUAGAGGAUUGUUCACAAGAAAUUCAAGCACUGGAAGGUGAAAAUAGUAAACUUCAAGGUACCGCUGCCUCUUUACGGAAUACUGUUAAAAGAUUGAAUGAUUUAGAGAGAGAAGUUACUCAUUUGGAGGCUGAAAAUCAUCGUCUUGAACAGGAAAGAAAGUCAAAUGAAAAGGAGAUAACAAGAUUAAAGCAAGCUUUGGAAGCCAAAGAUUCAUUAAUUGAUGAACAAGCCAAUAAGGUUUCCUCUCUUGAAUUAGAGAAGAAACAAUUGUCCAAAGAAUUGGACUCUAUUAAUGCCAAUGCAAUCCAUGCAAGAGAACUGGAGAAAGAGAAACAAGAGCUUGUCGGUGAUUUGGCAGUUUGUAAAAAAUCCUUAGCAGCUCUUCGACAAGAUUUAGUUGAUGAAAAAAUUAAAUCUCAAAGUCUUACCAGUGAAAUGGAACGUAUUCAUUAUGCUAUGAGCCAAAUGAGCCUUAAAUCAUCAUCUCCAUCAUCUCCAUCAUUGCUAUUAUCAAAUGAUAGUUCACAAAGCUUUGACCUACCACCUUUUUCACCGGCCAAUAUUGGUAAAACAGAUUGGUCCAACGUUUUGGAAAACCUUGUAGAUAAUAUGAUUAGACGAAAUCUGGAAAUGAAAGAAAGCCGAAUAUCUGCUCUAGAAAAUAAUCUAAAGGAAGUUGAAUCUCGUAAAACCAAGUUGAAAGAUGAACUUUCUGCAAUGAAAGAAAAGAUCUCAAAAAGUCAAAUAGUAACCGACAGUAAAGGUUUAGAGUCCAGCCUUGAUGUUAUGAUUGAGGAAAUGGAGAAGCGUCUAAAAGUGGCUGAAGAAGAGAAUAAACUAUUGCGUGGAGAUAAUUUAUCUUUAAAAGAAGAAAAAGAUCAACUCAAAGAACAGGUCAAAAGUUUACAAGAGAAGUUGAGCAUGUCUCGUGAGAGCAAUGAUUUGCAUUCGGGUACGGCUCAGACUCAAGUUGAAAAUAGUUUGCUGUUGGCUCAACGGACAUCAUUGUCCUUCCAAACUGCCCAUCUUCAGGCGGAAAUACGACUUUUGGAAGAGUGUCGAGACUCUAUUGAGGAGAAGUACAAAGAAUUGGAAGAAAGUUAUCAAUCAUUGAUCAACGAUCACCAAUCAUUACAAAGUUUACACCAGCAAUUGGUUACCGAUUAUGAAUCUCUAUUAGCUAAUCAUAACUCUCUCAAAGCAAGCUACAAGUCACUCAAAUCGGAGCAUAAAGAGACUAAGGAAAAAUUGGACGUUUGGCUUUUAUCCAAUGAAGAGUUGAAAAGGAUGUUGAAAGAUGGCAAUGACUGCGGAAAAUGUAAAAAGAUGACUGAUGAGAACACUAAACUGUCAGAUGAGAAGAAACAGUUGUUGGAAGAUUAUCGUCGAAUUGAAACUGAAUUUAAAAUGCUUCAAAACAUUUAUAAACAAUUGCGAAAGGAAAACAAUGAGCUGAAACUUCGUCAUACUGAGCUGGAAGGUGAAACAGCUGAAUGUCGCCAAUCAAUGUCAAGCUUACAAGUUGAAGUUUCCAAGCUCUCAAAUUACUGUGAAUCGCUUGGUUCAAGUAGUAAUUUGCUUGAAGAACAACGUCGAACGUUAAUUGGUAAUGUUAUCAAUCUUUUAAGUCAAUAUCAUAUUUUAAUCAGUGAAAUGGCUUCCGAUAAUGUUCAAUCAAAAGAUCGAAUUGCUGAACUUGUUACCAAAAAGGAACGCCUUGAAAGAAUGAUUCGAGAUUAUGAUACAAUGUCGGAAAGAGAGAGGAAAAAAGUUGGACUUCGCAGUGAAACCAAUGGUAAUCGGAUGUCAAUGAGUAGACACAGUCUUAAUGGUUCUGUCAACAAUGAAGAUGACAAUAGAUUUGGAUCUAAUGAUGCCGCUAAUCAUGGAAUGAACGAUGAAAAUAAUUCAUCAUCCGCCUUUUUCAGAGUCAUUAGCUCUAAACAACAAAUUGCAAGUCCGACUAGUACUUCCGGAAUUAUAAGCAAUAACAACUCUAGUUUAACCUCACCUAUCAGUGAAUUGACAUCACCACUAUCAUCAACCUCUUCAACAUUAACUAAAUCCAACACGCCUACCACAACUAGUAGUAGCCACAACACAACAUAUUACGACAAGCUUUGGCAACCCUUAACCACGGUCAAUGCCAGUGCCAUAACGACGUCCUCUAGCUCCACCCCGUCAAAUAUAUCAGUCAAAAAGCCAUCAACACCAACCUCAUUAAUGUCAACCCCAUCAUUAGCUCAAACUUCAUUAGCAGCAACAGCAACACCCUUGUCAAUGAUUUCCCGGUCUCGGAGGGAGAAUCCAAUUGGAGGAGAAAACACGGGAAUUAAUAAUGAAUCGCGUCGAUCUAUUGGAAUUGGUAAUGAUGGUAACAACGAUUCACAUCCACCAAGAUUACCUCCUCGCCAUAACAUGGUAACAGCUCAGGUUGAUAAUAGAAUGACAAUUAACGUAAUUACUAGUCCUUUGGGUAACUCGCGAGUCCCAUUACCUGGUGAUCCUUCAAGCUUGACACCUCCUUUACCUAAAUCGGCAACUUGUAACUUUGUCCGAAGUACUUUCCGAUCCAGUAGUAUUAACAUGGGAUCUCCUUUAAAACGUUGCUUCAAAGAUGAUCAUAAUCUUGUCCCAGUAUCUCCUGUUGCUCAAGCACACCCUCAUUAUGGUGAAAUUUUAUCUCCAAGUGGAUUACGAGGACCACAUCAUCAUCAUCAUCUUCAUCUACAUCAUCCUCAUGCACACCUACACCUUGCAUCAUAUUCAAAUGAACCUUCCAUCCAUUCAGAUGAGGAAUCCGAUUUAUUGGGGGCAACAACCGGUGACAGGUUAUUGACCAACAGAACUUUAGGAGCUGGUUCAUCGAAUCACCAUCACCAUCAUCACCAUCAUCAUCAUCAUCUCAUGAGUGGAGGAGGAGGAGGCGAUGACGAUCAAAAUAACCAAGGACAGAAUGACUCUGACAGUACGAUUAAUGAAAACAACUCACUUAACAAUUCAACAUGGUAUGAGUAUGGAUGUGUUUAAAGAAAACAAUUAAAGCAACUUGAAAUCAUGAUUAACAAUCCAUUACUCAUAUACUAGAGUAACAUAUUUCCAUAAGUACAUAUUCAUCAACAAAUGAAGAUCAAAAUUAGCGAGCCAUAAUUUAAGACACCGUGAUAUUUGAAAGAUAAUUUUUAUUUAAACCAUUUUUUCUCGCUUGAAAAUUUUGCCUUUUUUGCUUCUUAAAUUUUAAACAAGAAACAAAUUAACUUUCUUUGCCUUAUUUUACAACAAUUUUGUCUGCUUCAACUGAGACCAUUAAAAAGACCAAAACCAAGAAACAAAAUUACUCAUAAACAAAACCUGUUAUCAGUUUUGUCAUGGUGCAUUUGAAAUCCGGAUACGGACCAGAAGCAGUCACCCAACCGUCAAUGAAUAUUUGCUGCCACAUUACUGUAACUCAUCCCUUUCAUCUUCAUCUUCAGUCUUUUCCAAUUUCCCUCUCUAUUUACCAUUCACUCUCCUUACAAACACUUUAGUUACAUGAUGAAAGUCUAAAUUCUGGGGUAAAUUACUAUCAUUGAAAUAUGAUUAUAGAAUCUGCUAAAGUAUAAUUUACAAGUUUAGUUAAUGUGAACCAUUUUACUAACCAUAAUUGAGAAUAAUUGUUGCAAAAUAAUGAUGGAUGUGAAUCUCAGUUUAACCCUUAAAUCUCGAUAAGUUGAUUGAAUGAAUGUAAACAUGCAAACCAAACAAGAAGAUCUCAGUUGAUCAAGCAGCAAACGCUCCAUUGAUUCAAGUCUACAAAUGCAAAAAGGAUGAAAAUGAUAUGCAGUCAACAGUCAAAAAAACAAAAAAGAUGUUUAAAUUACGAUGAAAAAUGCUUUACUACAAAAAAAAGAUGAAUCAAGCAAAUCAACAGGAAGAUGAAACAAAGAUCUCAUAUUCAUUUAGUUCAAUUGUAGGUUUCGUUGACAACUCUGGUUAAAACGCAAUGACAAUUACGAGUUGCUUGUGAGUCUUUUUUUCACUCAAAUGCAAACCAAUAAAUUUUAAAAAAAAUAUCCAACUAAAGAUAUAAUUAUGACAAAGAUAACAAUUUUUGCGAUGUUUAUUUUUUAGAUAUGAUAUUACAUCUAUUAAUAUUCAUGUUUAAAUGUAUAUCAUUCCCAUUUCACUUGGUUUGUCUCAUCUUUUUUAAAUGCCUCCCAACCUUUUAUUGUCAAAUCAAGACAAUUGUUGUUUCAUUCCUUGACCAAUAAAUCAAAUUGAUUGUGACUAAAUUGAAACUA